AUGGACUUCAAAUCGGUCUUGGAAACGGCCAAUGUCAAGGCGGUUUUUCAGACCAUCGGUUAUCUAAUUGGCUUCUGGUUUGUCUAUCGUGUUGGUGUUGCAUUGUACAAUAUCUCACCAUUCCAUCCGCUGUCACGCUUUCCCGGUCCCAAGAUAGCGGCUGCGAGUUACCUUUAUGAAGCGUACUAUGAUUGGUGGCGCGUGGGAAGAUAUGGCAAAGUGAUUCGUGAUAUGCACGAGCGCUACGGCCCGAUUGUUAGAAUCAACCCCGAUGAGCUCCAUUGCUCUGAUCCUUACUUCACCGAUGAGAUCUAUGCUGGUCCUGGACGAAUUCGUGACAAGUGGCAGCAUCAGCUCAACACUGGAGGUGCCGGUCCUGUCUCAGUAACUGGCUUUUCAACAGUUCAUCAUGAAGUCCACCGUAUGCGAAAGGGCGCUUUGUCCAAGUAUUUCUCGCGCAACCAAAUGCUCAAGCUUGAGGGCGAGGUUCAAGAGUUCGCCCAGAUGACAGUAGACAAAAUGCUUCGAUCUGCCAGUGGGGAGCCUUUUGAUGUUAAGGAGGCUUUCAACUGUUUCACAGCGGAUAUCAUCUCACAGUAUGCUUUUGGCGAGUCAAUGGGUUUCAUCGCGCAAGAAGGUUGGGAACCAAACCUGGCUACUUGGGUCAAGUCCUUUUUCCAGAGCGCAUACAUGAUGAGACAUAAUGUCUUGGCGAGGAAAAUGGCCCAGUUCCUCCCUUUCCUGUCUGAUUACCUAGGAGAGGAUAUCAAGGCUGUCAUGCGUCAAAUGAAUGUUGUCAUUCCUGGGUAUAUCCAGGCCGCUUUGAAGAAUCCCGAUGGAGGAAGAGUGUUUGCAGAUAUCAUGGAGUCAAAGACCAUGCCCGAGUCCGAAAAGUCCAUGUACAGAUUGUCUGGAGAGGGUUUCAACUUUCUCCUGGCUGGUACUGAGACAACUGCUGCUACCCUUACUGUCAUUACAUACUAUCUGCUUGCCCAGCCCUUGACAUACCAACGUUUGAUGGCUGACCUUGAAGGUCUUGACCCAGAGAACCCGAAAUGGACUGAUCUUGAGCAACGACCUUAUUUAUGGGCUGUCAUCCACGAAGCUCUCCGCGUCAUGCCUGGAGUAUCUCACCGCUCAGCUAGAAUCGCUCGUGAGGAGGAUCUGGUGUAUAAAAGCAAAGACGGCAAUGCCGAAUGGGUAAUCCCAAGAGGGACCCCUAUCGGCAUGACCUCCAUGAUCAACCACUGGAAUAAGGAAAUCUUUCCCGACCCUGACGACUUCACACCUGAGCGAUGGUUGGAUAGCGAAAAGCCUAACUACAAGUUGCAGAAAUUGCUCAUUUCUUUUGGAAAGGGCAGUCGCGCGUGUAUUGGUGAGAAUCUUGCUUACUGUGAGGUUUACAUCAUGGCUGCUCUGCUUGCUUUUAGAGUUAUCCCAAGAGCGCGUCUAUACGAAACCACUGUGGAGGAUAUCACCUAUGACCACGAUCUGAUUGUCGUCCAGACAAAGAAGGGUUCCAUUUCCGUCCGUAUCGCCAUUUCAUAG